CGGGUGCCGGGCGGGCUCUCGCGGAAGUCCGUGCGCCAUUGGGAGGGCCGCAGUAGCUGCUCUGUGCCCUUGUUGCCGAGGGCCUCUUCCUGGGUCACUCCUGGAGCAGGGGCCGGACUGGAGCUGACACCGGGGCUCCGGCGUGGCCCUCUCGGCGCCCGUGUGACCUCCUCGCCGGCGGGAUGUGGCGACUACGCCGAGCCGCCGUGGCCUGUGAGGUCUGCCAAUCCUUAGUGAAACGUAGCUCUGGAAUCAAAGGAAGCUUACCACUACAAAAACUGCAUCUGGUUUCACGAAGUGUUUAUCAUUCACAUCAUCCUACCUUAAAGCUUCAAAGACCCCAAUUCCGGACAUCAUUUCAUCAGUUCUCCUCUUUAGCUAACCUUCCGUUACGUAAAUUGAAGCUUUCUCCAAUUAAAUAUGGGUACCAGCCUCGCAGGAAUUUUUGGCCAGCGAGAUUAGCUGCAAGACUCUUAAAACUUCGAUAUCUCAUACUAGGAUCUGCUGUUGGCGGUGGCUAUACAGCCAAAAAAACUUUUGAUCAGUGGAAAGAUAUGAUACCUGACCUCAGUGACUAUAAAUGGAUUGUGCCUGACAUUGUGUGGGAGAUUGAUGAGUAUAUUGAUUUAGAGAAAAUUAGAAAAGCACUUCCUAAUUCAGACGACCUUGCAAAAUUGGCACCUGACUUUGAUAAAAUUGUUGAAAGCCUCAGUUUACUGAAGGACUUUUUCACCACAGGUCACAAAUUGGUUAGUGAAGUCAUAGGAGCUUCUGACCUACUUCUCUUGUUAGGUUCACCUGGAGAAACAGCAUUCAGAGCAACAGAUCACGGAUCUGAAAGUGACAAGCAUUAUAGAAAGGGUCUGCUUGGUGAGCUCAUUCUCUUACAACAGCAAAUUCAAGAGCAUGAAGAGGAAGCGCGCAGAGCCGCUGGCCAAUAUAGCACAAGCUAUGCCCAACAGAAGCGCAAGGUUACAGACAAAGAGAAAAUUGACCAGCUUCAAGAAGAACUUCUUCAUACUCAGUUAAAGUACCAGAGGAUCUUGGAACGAUUAGAAAAAGAGAACAAAGAAUUAAGAAAAUUAGUAUUACAGAAAGAUGACAAAGGCAUCCAUCACAGAAAGCUUAAGAAAUCCUUGAUUGACAUGUAUUCUGAAGUUCUUGAUGUUCUAUCUGAUUAUGACGCCAGUUACAAUACACAAGAUCAUCUGCCAAGGGUUGUUGUGGUUGGAGAUCAGAGUGCUGGAAAAACUAGUGUGCUGGAAAUGAUUGCCCAAGCGCGGAUAUUCCCUCGAGGAUCUGGGGAGAUGAUGACACGUUCUCCAGUUAAGGUCACUCUGAGCGAAGGUCCUCACCACGUGGCCUUGUUUAAAGAUAGUUCUCGGGAGUUCGAUCUUACCAAAGAGGAGGAUCUUGCAGCACUAAGACAUGAAAUAGAACUCCGAAUGAGGAAAAAUGUGAAAGAAGGCUGUACUGUUAGUCCUGAGACCAUAUCCUUAAACGUAAAAGGCCCCGGACUGCAAAGGAUGGUGCUUGUUGACUUACCAGGUGUGAUUAAUACUGUGACAUCAGGCAUGGCUCCUGACACAAAGGAAACUAUUUUCAGUAUCAGCAAAGCUUAUAUGCAGAAUCCUAAUGCCAUCAUACUAUGUAUUCAAGAUGGAUCUGUGGAUGCUGAACGUAGCAUUGUUACAGAUUUGGUCAGUCAAAUGGAUCCUCAUGGAAGGAGGACGAUAUUUGUUUUGACCAAAGUAGACCUGGCAGAAAAAAACGUGGCUAGCCCGAGCAGGAUUCAGCAGAUAAUUGAAGGAAAACUCUUCCCAAUGAAAGCUCUAGGUUAUUUUGCUGUUGUAACAGGAAAAGGGAACAGCUCUGAAAGCAUUGAAGCUAUAAGAGAAUAUGAAGAAGAAUUUUUUCAGAAUUCAAAACUCCUAAAGACAAGCAUGCUAAAGGCACACCAAGUGACUACAAGAAAUUUAAGCCUUGCUGUAUCAGAUUGCUUUUGGAAAAUGGUACGAGAGUCUGUUGAGCAACAGGCUGAUAGUUUCAAAGCAACACGUUUUAACCUUGAAACUGAGUGGAAGAAUAACUAUCCUCGCCUACGAGAACUUGACCGGAAUGAACUAUUUGAAAAAGCUAAAAACGAAAUCCUCGAUGAAGUUAUCAGUCUGAGCCAGGUCACACCAAAACAUUGGGAGGAAAUCCUUCAGCAGUCUUUGUGGGAAAGAGUAUCAACUCAUGUGAUUGAAAACAUCUAUCUUCCAGCUGCACAGACCAUGAAUUCAGGGACUUUUAAUACAACAGUGGACAUCAAGCUUAAACAGUGGACUGAUAAACAGCUUCCUAAUAAAGCAGUAGAGGUUGCUUGGGAGACCCUACAAGAAGAAUUUUCCCGCUUCAUGACAGAACCAAAAGGGAAAGAGCAUGAUGACAUAUUUGAUAAACUUAAAGAGGCUGUUAAGGAAGAAAGUAUUAAGCGCCACAAGUGGAAUGAUUUUGCGGAGGACAGCUUGAGGGUUAUCCAGCACAAUGCUUUAGAAGACCGUUCCAUAUCUGAUAAACAACAGUGGGAUGCCGCUAUUUAUUUUAUGGAAGAAGCUCUUCAGGCUCGCCUCAAGGACACUGAAAAUGCAAUUGAAAACAUGAUAGGUCCAGAUUGGAAAAAGAGAUGGUUAUACUGGAAGAACCGGACCCAAGAACAGUUUGUCCACAACGAAACCAAGAACGAAUUGGAGAAGAUGUUGAAGUGUAACGAGGAGCACCCGGCAUAUCUCGCAAGCGAUGAGAUAACCACAGUGCGAAAGAACCUGGAAUCCCGAGGGGUAGAAGUGGACCCAAGCUUGAUUAAAGAUACUUGGCACCAAGUUUAUAGAAGACAUUUCUUAAAAACAGCUCUAAACCAUUGUAACCUUUGUCGAAGAGGCUUUUACUACUACCAAAGGCAUUUUGUAGAUUCUGAGUUGGAAUGCAAUGAUGUCGUCCUGUUCUGGCGAAUACAACGCAUGCUUGCCAUCACUGCAAAUACUUUGAGGCAGCAACUUACGAACACUGAAGUCAGGCGAUUAGAGAAAAAUGUGAAAGAGGUAUUGGAAGAUUUUGCUGAAGACAGCGAGAAGAAGGUAAAACUGCUCACUGGCAAACGAGUUCAGCUGGCUGAAGACCUCAAGAAAGUUAGAGAAAUUCAAGAAAAACUUGAUGCUUUUAUUGAAGCUCUUCAUCAGGAGAAAUAAAUGAAUCCUACUCAUAAUAUAAUCACCUCCGCAUACAUGUGAAGAAAGAAAACUCCAAAGUCUUUUGUCCUGCCUUUUUUCCUUCUGCUAUUCCACCUUUCUAAACAUGAAAUAAAGUCAUGGGGUAAAAAUACUUAAUGCGUAUCAGAGGCACUUUGACCAUCAGUUGCCUUUUGAAUGCACGGAGAGUGGAAAUGGCAUUAAAAUCCUAUCUUAUUGUAUUGAAGUGACACAUUGAGAUAAUACAAGUGGUAUGGCCGUUAGGUUGAGCCCUUGACGAUAAGAAACUUGCUCUCCUGCUUGUGUCAUUUGUGGUGGCACUAUUUGUGGUGGCACUCGUUCACCUAAUUCAUUAGCCGGUGCUGCUCAGUGUCCGUUUCUUCUCUGGGGAGAAAAUGCCAGGUGUUGUGAAAAGCUAUCAAUUGUAUAUAAAAUGAUGGUAACCCGCUAACUUGUUGUCUGUAUCUGUAAAUGUUCUUCAUCCAGAAACUAUCUGAUUAUGAAAAUUCAGUCCACAUUUAUCAUGUGAAAGAGAACUCGUAAACAGAAGAACCCCUCAAAUAGGUUAAUUUGGAUUGCAACAAUUCCGUGUGCAUUCAGUGGAAGAGAGCUCAGCCUUCCCUGACAGCUUAGAGAGCUGCCUGGGAAGCUAACUCAGCAGCAGCUUACCUGUUUGCUUCAAUGGAUGUUUUUGUACUUUCUGUCUCCAUUUGAAGUUCAUUCAUUUUGGAUGUGGUAUAGGUGAGCAAGGUUUUUGGUUAACUUUGCGGGGGGGUGGGGGUUACCUGUUGACAGAGCUGUUGGAUUGAGACACAGGAUAGGGAAGAUAAAGAAUAAUCAGUUGACUAGUUUUAUUAGACUGUCAAGCAGUUCAGGGAGGCAGCAGGAAAAGGCUCUUUCAUAAGAGUGCAUUAUUUCAACAGCAUGUUAACCAUCUCCCUCUUAGCUGAACUUUUAUUUUAAAGAGAAACAUAAAAUUGGAUUCAUUGCAGUUCAGUUACAAUACCUUCACAGCAUUUUUGUGUGUGUUAUAAAUACUUUUUUAUUGGCUAAAGGACUUUAAAGCAAAGAAGUAUACCAUUUUUGACUUCAAAUGUCUUUCUCAUUUAUCUCUGCUCUUUGCUUCCAUUUUGUUAAGCCUUUAGUAUUCUAAUAAAAAUGCCCAUUGUGGACAGUUUUUUACAGUUUUUUGGAGGUUUUUUUUUUUUUUUUUUGAAUUCUGUUUUGGUAACAGUUCCCUUGCUACCCUACUUUUUUUUUUUUUUUUUUUAUUUAGCAUCCAUAGCAUUGUGAUUUCUCUUGAGAUCUGAUGACACUUAAUAUAUAAGGUUGGAAGGGUAGCGCAAAAUAUUUCAGAAAUCAAGAGUUCAGUAUGUAUUUGUUUUAUACUGUUUGAUAAGAUAUGUAAAUCCAGGUUUAAUCGGCUGGUAGCAGUGUAUAUUGUUAUUUGGUGGAUGAGGAGUCUAGAACAUUUCAUGUGUCUUUCAGCUCUAGGGCUAGUAGGGGAACAGCAAGGGAGUACCCUCCCACGCCCCCCGCCCCGGGUGUUCUGUGCUGAAUGUAGAGGUGACCUCACUGGUAAACUCUCUCUAACCAGUGCUGCUUGCUGGUAACCCCUCAUUGAAGCAGACACCAUGUAAUUAUUUUUUUUGUAGUUGUAAAUCAUAACCACUUUACAACUACAAAUCUAUUUCCAAAGAAAUAGGACCGUGUUUAUUUGUAUGUGCUAUGGAUGGGGAAAAAAUGCCCUCAGCUAUAAUGUGUAGAUUUUUUCUAAGCUAAAGGCUGAUGUUCAGUGAGACCUUUUAUCACAUCCCUUUGUAUAAAUUUAAGAAACGGGGAUGGAGAAUCUUCAUUUCUCUGAGAUCAGUGUUUGUAAUUUAAACAUAUAAAUAGAUGAUUAAAAACCCCAAAUAAGAGUCCAGACCUCCCACAUCCCCCACAGUACAUGUAGAUGUUACAUGACUUCUUUCUCUCGUGGACUACAUACUUUUUUUUUUUUUUUUCCUUUUUAGCCUAUCUCAUUCUAAGCAUGCCUUUUUUUUUUCUUGAAAGCUAGGUUGAUGCAGAUGUUAUUAAAAGAAAAAAUAAAAUUCGGAUUCUCAACAGUAAA